GUUCGUCAUUGACCCUCAAAACAAAAGCUCCAGGUCCAUUCGUUUGGAGCCCAUGGCUCAGCUCACGUGACCUUCAUCGACGUGCUGUUGUAUAGACGGGUCUCAGGAUGUCAGAAUCAUGUCAGAAACAAAGUCUUUUGUCAUCUCACCAAACCACAAACCAAACAAGCUGCUCCUGAAGGGACUCGGGUUGGUUAAAAAGUCAUUUAAAUAUAGCAAAUAUAUGAAGGACACCUCUCUGCAGACCCUGAAGCUGACCAAAGCGGAGCGGCAGCGGUUCAGCGAGGAGGUGGAGAUGCUGAAGGGCCUGCAGCACCCGAACAUCGUCCGCUUCCACGACUCCUGGAAGUCGACGGUGAAGGGCCACAAGUGCAUCAUCCUGGUGACUGAACUCAUGACCUCGGGCACGCUCAAGACGUAUUUGAAGAGGUUCAAGGAGAUGAAGCUGAAGCUGCUCCAGCGCUGGAGUCGUCAGAUCCUCAAAGGGCUUCACUUCCUGCACACACGCUCCCCUCCCAUCAUCCACCGGGACCUCAAGUGUGACAACAUCUUCAUCACCGGGCCCAUCGGCUCCGUCAAGAUUGGAGAUCUCGGGCUGGCCACUCUCAAGAGUGCCUCUUUCGCUAAAAGUGUCAUUGGAACGCCAGAGUUCAUGGCCCCAGAGAUGUACGAGGAGAAGUACGACGAAGCGGUGGACGUCUACGCCUUCGGGAUGUGCAUCCUGGAGAUGGCCACCUCCGAGUACCCGUACUCCGAGUGCCAAAACGCCGCCCAGAUCUACCGCAAAGUCACCAGCGGAAUGAAACCCGACAGCUUCUACAAAGUCAAAGUGCCGGAGCUCAAGGAGAUCAUUGAGGGCUGCAUUCGCAUGAACAACGACGAAAGGUUCACCAUUCAGGACCUCAUGGAUCACCCCUUCUUCCAGGAGGACAACGGCGUGCACGUGGAGCUGGCGGAGGAGGACGACCUGGUGAAGUCGGGCCUGAAGCUGUGGCUGCGUAUGGACGACACAAAGAAGCUCCACGGAAAGUACAAGGAAAACAACGCCAUCGAGUUCCUGUUUGAGCUCUACACGGACGUGCCCGAGGAGGUGUGCCAGGAGAUGGUCGUGCUCGGCUUCGUGUGCGAGGCCGACUUCAAGCUGGUGGCCAAGGCCAUACGGGACCGGGUGGCGGCCAUCAAGCGGAAGCGCGAGAAGCUGCGGCGGCAGGCGGAGGAGCGCAAAAAGAAGCAGGAGCGGGAGGCCACGGAGGAGGGGGAGGAGGGGGAGGAGGAGGCGGAGACUAACCGGCCUCCGCCUAAGGCCGCCGGAGGGUCCCCCGCCCGGGCCCAGACGUCUCCGGCCCCCGCCGUCCCGUCCCCCGUCACCACCAGCUCCGUGGACUCCGGAGUGAGCUCCAACUACCCGGCGGAGCCGGAGGAGCCGGAAGCGGACCAGCACUUCCACAUCCGCCACGGCAGCCUGUCUCCGGCCAACUCUGACUGCGAGACGGACGGCUAUCUGAGCUCCUCCGGGCUUCAGGAUCUGCUGGAGGCCGGCAGCCCCGACGCGUCCGGGACCCCUUCGACCGUGCCGCCCGCCGCCAUCCCGGCCCUCCGCUUCCCCUCGAGUAUCGCUGUAUCCAACAACAUCGAUCGUGGAAACUCGGGGCUCCGCAGUGGCUUCCACUCUCCUGUGGACAGCUACGCCUCCGAUGUGACCUCGGGCCUGAGCGACGGCAACGAGGGCCCGUCGGAGAAGGGCGAGGAGAAAGCGGCGGCGAGGCGGACGGCCGGGAAGCUGUUCAGGAGGAGGGCGCGCUCGAGGCUACGCAUCACAGGGCUCUCGGAUAAAGUGGACCGCGUGGUGGAGUGUCAGCUGCAGACGCACAACGACAAGAUGGUGACCUUCAAGUUUGACCUGGACGGAGAUAACCCUGAAGACAUCGCUGCUGUCAUGGUGCACAAUGAGUUCAUCCUGCCCUCGGAGAAGGAGGGCUUCGUCUGCCGCAUGGGCGACAUCAUCAAGCGGGCCGAGGCUCUCAUGGCCCAGGAGCAGCCGGUCCACCCCGGCGGCCACCGGCUCCCGCAUCCCGCUUUCCUCCACGGGGUCGGCUCGCUGUCCUCCUCGCAGCCUAAUCUGCACAGUCACACUCUGCCUCGAACGCACUCCUCCUCGUCCCUGCCCGACUUCGGUUUGGCUAACCCGAAGGUAGAGGCAUGCGGCUCUCCCCUGUGCCACAACGGAGACGUCGCUUCGUCCGGGCGACCUCGAACCCGCUCGCGGUCUUUCCACAACGGCCCAGGGUCGCCCCUGCAUUAUCACCCCCCCCACCACCCCCUCCUGCCACACCACCAGCACUACCACUUGCCCUUCAUGGGCCACAGCAACUUCCCGUUCCAGUACCCCGGCUCCCCCACGCCAGGCGUCCAUCCGCUCCUCACGCGCGUGGCCAGUAACCCCACCUUCUCCUCCCUCCCCCCCCCGGCCCUUGGCCCCGCGGGUCCCCUCGGCGAGACCCAGAGCUCCGGCGGCGGCGGGGACGGCGUCCCCAUGUCCCCGUCCGCCCAGCAGCACCCCGGCAUGUGGCCUUCCCACACGCAGCCCCUGUUCUCCUUGGCUAACGUCAUCUCCAUGGCCAUGAGCAUGGCCCAGUCUUUCAUCCCUCCGGCCAGCAUGUCCGCCCAGGGGGCGCCCUCCUACCCGGGCUACCAGCAUCACAUGGCCCCGCCGUCGGGUUACCCCUCCGUCUAUCCGCAACCCUACCAGAACCCGCCGGCCGAGGCCCAGUACGGCCCCACAGCGGGCUUCCCGGCCCAAAGCAACGCCCACCGCGGCCCCGAGGGUUUGCCGGCGACGGACGGAGGCGUUUUCGCCCCGAGCCACAAUCCUCCCGGGUGGCCGCACGCCGUCUCCCCGCCGCCCGCGGCUCCCAGUCCCCCGCCGGCUCCCCGGGAGCCUUUUCGGCAGGUUGGGCUCGUCAGUCCCCCGAAGAGUCCCCCGAGCGGGACCCAGGGGGACAGCCUCCGCGGGUACGUCGCCUCGUACCUGGCGCGGGUUCCGGUCCAGGCCGAACCCCGAUCCGAAGUGUCCUGUUCAAACUCCGAUCUUUCGACGUCUCCCUCUGAAAGCCCUGGAGGCACCGUGUCAUCCUUCAGCGCUCCGGGGCACCCGGCGAUCCCCGAGAUGAAAGCCAGCACGUCAACCCCCGCCGAAGCCUCCUCCACCGAGCCCGAGGUCCGCUGUGCACCCGUCACUGUGGGCCGAUUCCAGGUGACGCCCAGCAAGCACGUCCCUGCAGCCGGCGGCGUCCCUGCUGCGGCGCGGCCCGCGGACAGCGGCAGCGCCUCCUCAGAGAGCAGCACGGAGGAGCAGGGGGAGUCUGAGACGAGUCUGGGCACCUCCCUCACCAUGUCCCCCCCUCCCCAGCGUCCCCACGCCCCUGGGCUCCUCCAGGGGGUGGACGGGCAGCUGGGAUGGAGCCAGGAGAAGCAGCAGGACAGAGGAGGAGAAGAAGAAGAGGAGGAGGAGGAGGAGGCAGUGGUGGAUGAUGACGACGAUGAGGAAGAGGUUGUUUUGGAACAACAGAGGGCGAGGAAGCGGUGUUCUAGGAGAGCGCACAGCCUGAGCCUGAUGGGGACGUCGGCGGACAGCGGCCUCUCCAUGACGGCGGCGGAGGCGGAGGGGAGGCUGUGGGACGGGGGGGCCGGCAGCCCGCAGUACGGCAACGCCCUUCACCACCUGUGGCUGAUGACCUACAACCGCGGCGCUCCCUACGUCAGCACCGACGACUCCGACAGCGACGACUCCGACAUGCUGGAGGAGCUGCAGGAGCUCCGAGAGAAGCACCUGAGGGAGGUGCAGGCCCUGCAGGCCGCCCAGAAGAGGGAGAUCGAGCAGCUGUACGAGAAGACGGGCAAGGUGCCCCCGCUGGGCAUCGUGUCCCCCGCCGCCGUGCUCUCCGGCCGGCAGCGCCGCCUGUCCAAGGGGGGGGGCGGCGGCUUCCCCUCGCCGCGCAGGAACAGCCUGCAGCGCGUGGACAUGUUGCCGAUCCAAGGUAUCAUUAGGAGAAACUCCAUCGGAGGCAGCAGCGGCGGCGGCUCCCAGGACAAGCCGUGCAAAGGCGUCACCUUUGUCACUGACAUCAGUAGAAUGUAAGAAACCGUGCCGCUGAGCACGCUGUGUCCCUGGACUACCUCAUCCCAAGUGUGGCCACAGGGGUCCCAACCCGUCCUGCAGGUGGAUCGCUUUAAACACUCUUCACCGGCAAA